AUGGUGAGCAAAAGGAAAUUUUCUAUGACCCAAGUCUACCAUUGCCUGAUCCAAGAGAACACUGCUACUGAUUGGCACCAUUUAAUGUUUCACAACAUAGCUAGGCCUCGUGCAAAGCUAUCUAUGUGGUUAUGUUGUCAUGGCCGGAUGGCGACAAAAGAAAGACUCUACAAAUUUGGACUGUUGCAAGAUACUAGAUACGAGCUAUGUGGUCAUGAAGUUGAAACUCUUGAUCACAUUCUUUUCAACUGUAAAUACUCAACUGUUAUAUGGACAGGUAUAUGCAAUUGGAUGCACUUAACUGGAAGAAUUAUUAAUCUCAACUGGAUCAAGACUUGGACUCAUGGCAAGGGUUGGAGAAAACGACUUUUCAAAGUUGUGGCAGCUGAAACAAUCUGUGCUAUAUGGACUCAAAGAAACAACUACAUAUUUCAAAAAGAUUCUUAUACUAUAGAUAGUGAUAGAAAUAUUAAAAAAUAUAGUUGA